AUUAUAGUCCAAAACCGCUGUUCACACGAUCUGCAGGUCGGUAUGCAAACAAAUGACGAGCCCCAAGGUCAAGUGAUUCCAAUGGCGCCCGGCGGCAGCUCGACUAUUGACGUUGCAGAUGACUGGGCCGGCCGGGUAUGGGCGCGCGAAUCGUGCGAUAAUCACGUCUGCACAUUGGCUAAUGCAGACAACCCAGCCUCUCUUGCAGGAUUUAAAAUGACAGGCGCUGAAAACAUCGAUUAUUAAGACAUUUCGUAUGUCGAUGGUUACAACCUGCCAAUCCGUAUCGAGCCCACACAAAUGACAGACUAUCCUGUGGAGAGCGACCCGCGGCACUGCCAGCCCACCUUUUGUGAUAAAACACCAAGCUGUCCAAGUGAUCUGGUGUCUCUUUCUGCGGCCGAUGCGGGUGGUAGUAAAUUCGUGGCGUGCCAAAGUGCUUGUUCAAGAUACAAGCAAGAUGAGUACUGCUGUACUGGCGCUCAUGCAGCACCAGAUACUUGCGUGUCAAAUCAUUUUGCUCAAGCGAUCAAAAAGGUGUGUCCAGAUGUAUACACUUACCCGUAUGAUGACAAGCUCAGCGUGUAUGCUUGUCAGGCUCCCAAAUACACUGUUACGUUCUGCCCAUAAGAUUUGAUACAUAAUUUAUUCUUUGCCCUUAUCAUUAUUAUAUCUCCAUAUACUCAUUUGCCUGCAUCCACCUUUCACUUCAAGCAUACAAAGUUGCAUUUACUGUACUUUAGCCGUUCUGUUCUUUUAAUCCCCAUGAAGUUUGUAAAAUAUUUGAGAUGUAUAGCGUCUCGUUUUUAUAAAAUUUUCGAGUUUUUAAGAGAGAGG